GUCGGCGCUUGGGGGGAAAAGGGGGAGGGCAGGGCGGCUCUGGCUCCAGACCUCUCUCUGGAACCGCGCGUCCUGCGCGGGAGACUCCGCACUGCUCGACACUGGCGCCCCCCCCCCCCAAAAAAAAACCAGGAGCUGCUCCAGGGAGGAGGGGGGGGGAGGGGGCAGGGGCGCGCGAGGGCCCGCGCCGCGUGGCCCCAAAAGAAGGAGCAGGGAGGCGCGAUUACGCCGAUUCUCUGCGCCUGCGUGUCCUGGUCCCUCCCGACCGGGCAGGAGCGGGGCGCGCCUCUCGCGGGAGGAACCGGCGGAGGAGGGCCCCGGCUGGCAGGCGAGGUCGAGGCGGAGGUGCCCACAGGCAGGCUGGCCUGGCCGAUAAAGAUCGACAGGGGGUCGAGGCGGAGUUGCCCACAGGCAGGCUGGCCUGGCCGAUGAAGAACGAGCAGGUCAUCGAUGCUCAAUCUGCUCUGCUGCGCCUGAUGUCUGCAGAGCCUCCGCAAGCGGCCCUUGCGCUCCCCGAGCGCCUCUAAAACGGUGGAUGGGCGCUACGGCGCCCAUGGCAUGGAAGGAAGCUCAUUAACACAGUGCCAGAAGCAGGCGAGAUGGCCGCCCAGAACGGGAAGGCGGAGAGAAGAGGGGGGCGAAGGCGGCGGGAGCAAGGCGACGCCAAUUCUCUAAGGAGAGGGGGAAGGAACGAGGGGGCGGAGGGAUUGGACAGAAGGCGCACGAACGACACACAUUCGGCUGCUCCCGCAGAGAGCGUGCCGAAAUGGCGUCGAGACUGGCCAGCACGCUCGCUAUAGAGCCCGCCGCGAGCACUCGCACGCGCGCAGCGCGCUGGGCGAUGGAUGAACAACUGUAUAACUUUAUAACUCUGCGAACUGCGACACUUGGGGCGCAGGCAGCAAUUCCGGCACGCGUUAACACUCGAUCCCGCAACUGAAUAAUACUGCGAGCUGCGUCAGCUUCGACGCAGGCAGCAAUCUGGGCACGCGCUACUAUUCGAUACACUCCGAACGUGUGUGAACGCCCACGUGGGCUUUUGUCA